UCGAUGACGUAUACCGGUAGACUCCAAAAGGCAACCAACACAACAGAGGUAACGUGAAAAGAGAAACGUGCUAAAUAUCUUUUCGUUUAAACAAAGUGUGCAGAGUUUGAAGUUAUUGUAAAACGCUUUAAAUAAGACAUGGGGAAAGCUGAUUUCCUUAGUCCUAAAGCGAUCGGCAACAGGAUAAAAUCCAAGGGUCUUCAAAAGUUGCGAUGGUAUUGUCAAAUGUGUCAGAAACAGUGUCGAGACGAGAAUGGCUUCAAAUGUCACUGUAUGUCAGAGUCUCACCAGAGACAGUUGCUGCUGGCUUCAGAAGACCCAAACCAGUUUAUGGACUUAUUUUCAGAGGAAUUCAAGACUGACUUUUUGGAGCUUCUUCGCCGGCGGUUUGGCACCAAGCGAGUGCAUAACAACAUCAUUUACAACGAGUACAUCGGUGACAGGGAGCACGUCCAUAUGAACUCAACUCAGUGGGAGACGCUCACAGACUUCACCAAAUGGCUGGGCAGAGAGGGUCUGUGUAAGGUGGAUGAGACCCCUAAGGGCUGGUACAUCGCGUGGGUGGACCGCGACCCGGAGACCAUCCGCAGGGCGGAGGAGCAGGAGAGGAAGAAGAAGCAGGACCUGGAUGACGAGGAGCGCAGCGCCAAGUUCAUCGAGGACCAGGUCCGCCGAGGACGCGCGGGCAAGGAGCCAGAGGAGGAGCCAGUCUUCACAGAGCUGGUGAGGGAGAGUGAGGAGGAGAAAGUGGCUUUCAACCUCAGUAAGGGUGCAUGUUUAUCAUCUGCCGGUCCAUCGUCUGCUGGUCCAUCUAAAGGUCCGUCGUUGGGGGCCAGUGCUCUUCGAGCAGCUUCCUCUUCCUCGGUCAAGAGGAAGGACCCCUCUCACAGCUCUGACUCCAAAGACAAGAAGAAGAAAUCAGCACUGGAAGAGAUCAUGGAGAUGGAGGCGGAGCAGCAGAAGAAGAAGAUGGUGAAAUUAGACCACUGGCUUCACACGGACAUCGUGGUGAAGAUCGUCACAAAGAGGCUGGGAGAGAAGUACUUCAAGAAGAAGGGGGUGAUAAAGGAAGUCCAGGAGAAAUUCACAGCCAUUGUGAAGAUGGUUGACUCUGGAGACAAACUCAAACUGGACCAAACCCACCUGGAAACAGUCAUCCCAGCAUCAGGAAAGCGGGUUCUUAUUGUCAACGGACAGUACAGGGGCACUGAGGCGGUUCUGGAGGGGAUCGAAGAGAAGAAGUUUUCUGCUACUCUAAUGCUGGACUCGGGUCGUAUGAAGGGGAAAAGAGUGGAGGCCAUUCCCUAUGAGGACUUCUCUAAGAUGGCUUAGCUGAUAUCCCAUGAGCCUCUGGUGCGUGAAGUGCUCUACUGUGUCAGAGUGAUCCUCACACCACUCACUCUACUGCAAAUAACAGCCGAGUCCGGGACCUACCUACCUACCUGCUUAAGAUUCAUCAGAUCCAAUUUUGGGCCUGAUCUGCACCAGGAUUUGCAUCUAUCUGUACAUGUUUCUCUCCCAGCUGGUCCUUCCUCUUUGUACAACCCCCCUGCCACCCCCAUAAACUUGAACAAAAUGUGCUUUUUCUUGUAGGUUUUUGUCCUCCAUUUUAUUUCAUAUACUGUAAUUUUAAAAAGGAAAAGACGAAUCCACAAAUAAAAUCAGUUGUCAUGUUGAACAUCUAAACAAGGAAA